AUGAAUACCCAGACCGCCACCGCCGCCCAGCUCUCUCAUUGGCGUCGUCAAUACGGCACCAGUUGGUUUGACGGCGCCGAUGGGAGUAGCGGAGACUACGACCUGUGCGCGGUCGAAGACGAGGAAGAGGACGAGAACGAGAGAUGGUGGGAAGAAGACUCCUCUGCUAUCAAGGACGUGGACGAGGAAGAGGCCGAAUACCACAUGGUGCAGAAUGUCGUACCUGAAGAACUUAAGCAACAGAAGCUUGGUGUUCCUAGCAUCAUGCUCACCACUACCGAGGGAAACGUCUUCUUCGGCAAUGCUAUCCCAGAGGGAACAUGGUGCACCGAGUCCCGUGAGUCCCUGAAUCUGCGCACAAAACACAUCAACAACGCAGAGACGUUCCUCUGCCCAGGCGACUGGAGACAGCUCCGCAACGCCUACCGCCUGUGGCAACAGCAGGAGUAUGACCAGCGGAUGGAGCAAAAUUUGGAGCUGGAGCAAGAACGACAGCAAGAGCGACAGCAAGAGGAAAAAGAAGAGACCGCAUUACGCGAGCACCAACAGCUUUACACGCCCCUGGUCUUCCUCACGACCCCCGACGGCGACAUCCUCACGGGCGACGAAAUCCCAGAGGGACAACGAGCCCAAAAGCCCUGCGAGGCUCGCCGUAGGAAACAGCAAUACGCCGCCAACGCAGAAACGCAACUCUGCCCGGGCAACUGGGAAAAGAUCCACGACGCCAACCGCCCCGAGGAGCCAAAAGAGGACGCGGUCCUACACGUCAACCUGCGCGAGGCAGAGGCCGCACUUCCCAAGGGCAGCCGCAGCUGGCAGAAGCGUCUCGCGCGCGUGAACCAACGCAGCCAGCGGCGCCGGGCGAGACAGCAGAAGCUCGAGGAGGCGGAGCGGCUCUGGCGGCUGCAGAAGGUCCGGGUGGAGGAGUUUGUGGCCGAGAGGAGGGCCAAGGUUGAGGCGCUCGAGAGGAUUGGCGCGGCGGGAGAUUUCCCUGCGUGGAGUCGGAAGAUGGAUCGGGAGCAGGGGGAGGCGGAGGAGAGGCUUAGAGUGCUGAGGAGGGAGCUUGAGAAGAUGUUUGAGGGGGGUUGUGGGGGAGAAAGGUGA